CAACAGUUGCCGGAAUCCGGGCCCGCGCCUGCGCAGUGCAAGGCGCUAACAGGGCUAUUUCGGUUCACGGUCAUGCUGCCGGCCUCCCGGGCACUGAGGCUUUCCUCAUUAUUGGAUGAAGCUAUUAAAGAGUGUAUAGAGGAAGAGAGAAAGCUCGAAGAUGAGCUAAAGAGUUAUCGCAAGCUGCUGAAACCCUGGAAUCCCUGUGCUGGAGAGAACCCCGUGAACGAUGGAGCCACUGCCAUCAAGACAGACCAUGAUUGUAGUUCUGAGGAGCUGCAGGAGCUGGAGGUGUUGAACAGAGCUCUGGCCAAAGCCUUACGAAUCCGACAAACCCAUUAUAAUGUGCUUGGGAUCCAACCACGCACCCCUGAGGGCAGAACAGGGCCAACUGUCGCAGGACCUGGUAUUGCCAAACAGCCACCAGCAGCCAGCAAUGGAGUUAAACCUUCAGCAGACAUUUUAUUCAGGACACUUUGGCCAAAUUCUAAGAACAAGGUAGCUGGUGCCAACAUGAACAAUGUUGGUGGCAAAGUUACAGCACCAGAGUGUAAGGAGAGUGUUACUCAACCGAGUAAUUUGAUAGAUAGGCUUGCUGGGAGGACGGUCACAGCAGAGGUGGCCUCCCGCAGCAAACCAGUGUCUUAUACAUUGAAUGUUCCACAUAAAACCAAACUGGAAGUGAGGAGAAAGUUAGUACCUUCGGCUGUGGGGCAGUUAGCUCGAGGCUCGUUGCACACUCAAUCCAGUGUAGUUCAAACUGCUGGCACACGACAUACAAAACGGACUGUCUCUGUUGACAGGGCAGGAAGCAGAACUCGACAAAGCAGGCUCCUGUCCAUAAGAUCAGCUCCAAGGACAGUAACACCAAAUAGUGUACAGACACCUGUGGGCACAGACACUGCUCCAAAGAGUGUCACACCUCACAGUGUACAGACUCCUGCAGAUACAGACACUGCUCCCACCUUAGCAUUCACUGUCGUUAGCGAGCGGAGAGUCAAUUAUAUUAAGGAAUCUGUGCACUUGAGUGCUUCUAGGGAGAACGUGCCCCAGGAUGAAAGUUCUUCCACGGAGAAACCCAAAUUAUUCACCCUUCAGGAAAGUGGGUCUACGCUAAAACUUCCUUUAGAGUGGAGAAAGCAGCAAAGCAGAAAUGCACGCUUGUGGGGGAAAGUGUCCAUGAGUGAAACUGAUGAAAUCCAGGAGAAGGCAAGCUUCAUGCAAAGAAUUCAGUCAGCAUUCCAUUCACAGCUCCCAACUUCAAGUUAUGGACAGAUUGAAGAACGUUUGGGCAACAUCCGUGAGCUUUACAAAUGUAUUGAGCAGUAUGUAUGCACAGACCCACUACUCAAUUCUUCAGGUCCCCUCAGCUGGCAACAUGAAUAUGAGAAUCUGCAAACACUGGAGAGAUGCCAAGAUACUGUAGCAAGCCUUAUUCACCAGAUUCAGCAGCUUGCGGAUGCUGAGGCAUUUUGGGUAAAGUUCGGGAGCUGCUGGAGACUCAGCUUCAAAACGUGCAAAAGUUUUGGCAGCGAGCGUGCACCUCUCCUAUUCUAUUCCAGUCUGCAGGAGCUGAAGGAGAUGGAGGCUCUCAGGUUUCAAGUACAAACUCUCCAAAGACAGAUCCAGAUCCAAAAGGCUAUGGCGGAAGAGCUGCUUCCCAUUCUGUCUUCCUCCAAUCCUCCAGAGCAGUCCACCUAUCACCUUUAUCGAGCGGUGUACUCCCAGCUCUGUGAGGGAGGAGAGCAAUUCCCUGCCUUGGUGCUGGAUAAUAUACCUGAGUGACUGAAACAACGGAUCCAGCCAACCUGAAACUGCAACCAUAAUUGUAUGGAAGAUCUGGGCACACAAGAUGUGUUAAACAAUUCAGAUUAAUAUGAUGACAUGACCUGAAACUAGCUUGGAUCAGGACAGAGUAUUUCACAUGGAUCAGUUGCCUCCAACACCACCACCAGCAUUCAUUUUCAGCCCAAUCAUGGUGUCCGCUCUAAAUGAUGCCUGUCAGAAUCUUUUGUGAAUGAGUGUGGACAACUUCAACUGUAAAAAAAACACUGGCCCAGAAUUGGUACUUGAUGGACAAUCUCCCCGAGAAGGAUCAGUGGAUUGCUGGCAUGAGAAAUGGAAAAUGUUAUACUACACUCGAGAUUGAGACAGUGUAGAUCUGUAUCUAAUCCAUGCUGUACCUGCCCUAGGAAUGUUUGAUCCUGGCACUGAAUGUCCAUUCCAGCACUAACAUCUUUCAUAUCGAUUUAACAAAAAUCCUCAACAAUAUCCUUUUGUAUUAUGCACUUGUACUUUACAAAGUUUGUACUUUUAUUACUGAUUGAGUCAAAAAUUAUUCAAAUGAUUAAAGAGUUUAGAUUUAUACAGAUAACUAUUAAAAAUCAUCAAAUUUA